AUGCGCGUAUUUUGCAAAAUUAUUAAAUUUCAUAAUAUUUUUUCAUAAUAUUUUAGAGGAAAGUCCAUUUUCAAGGAAAAUUAACUUAUAGUUAGUAAUAUGAAAUUAGAAAUUGUCUUUCAAAACGAGUUCAAAUGAAUUAAUGGACGAUUUUCUUUUCUGAAAUUAUAACAAUUCAAAAUCACUUAUUAGUUUACGUGGAAAUGAUUAAUUUAUGACGUGAUCUAAUUAAUUAAUUAAGAGAAGCAUGAGAUAAAAAUAAUUGUAGCUGUAACAUCUACUAAGAACUUCAGCAUUUUUUAAAUAGUUUCAUAUGAAACUAUUACAUGUGAUGUAUACAGUAGAAUUAUAUUUAUUUAAUUAUUGCUCGAUUAAUUAAACUCCUGAAUUUAUUCUAUUUGUAUAUGUGAACUUCUAUUAAUAGAAAAUUUUGGCUAAAACAGUUAAAGAUUUCAAUUCACGGAUCUAAACAAUACAUUUCAUUAAAUCGCAGACAGAAAGUGAUCUAUUUCUUUCUUACAUAGGAAAUCAAAAGAAUUAGAAACACAAAAUUUAUUGUGAAAUUGAUCGCAUCGGUCUGACAGCAGCUUCAGCUUUGUUUUGGUCUCUGGUUCGAUCCAUAGAACCGGAGGAACAUGCGCUUUCGUGUCUUCCGGUUUCAUACUUGCUUCAUACUUCAUACUUGAUGCACUUCUCGACAUCAUUCCUCUCGAGUUUACGUUCAGUUGUUUUCUGUGCUGCUUAUUUCUAUCAUGGUUAUGAAGAACAGAACGUGGAGACUAACGAAAGUCUCGUAACUCAUUCUAAAAUGAUCCACUGAAAUUAAUUUGAUGAAUGGUAGUUUGAAUGAACUACCGAAAAUUGAUAUCUAGAAAGGUAUGUAUUUCAUCCCAUAUUAUAUUUACGAAGUUGCAAAUAUAAGAUUUUACAUGUUAUUUAAUUAAUUUAUAAAUUGUCUUCGAAAGUAUCUUGACGAGCUCAAAUUCUUUUUAAAAUUAAUAAUUUUAUUUGAAUUUUGAAAAUAUUACUUACCUAUUCGAUAUAGAUGCUGUUCAGCAAACAAGCGGACCGCAUAUACGUCGAGAUCUUUUUUAUUAUUUGUAUAUCGAGUGUGAUAAAAUGCUCUAGCGUACCAUGUACGUUCAACACCAUGUGUAUGUGUUGGAUUCAAGACGACGAAGAUUUCACUAAGAUGGACAUCAACUGCAUUGGAAUACCAUUUGCCAGAUUUCCAGACGUCUCUGUGAGUUAUGUGGCACAAUUGGAUGUAGUUGGAUCCGGAAUACAAACAUUGGAUAAUGAUGCGCUUACGAGUAUAGUUGGUGUAGAAGCUUUAGGAUUAAUGAGCAAUCGGUUGUCUAACAUCGGCGAUAAAUCUUUUUCAGGUAUUGCGGAUAGUUUACGAUCGCUGGAUCUCAGUUACAAUGCCUUGGAAGAUGUACCGUUUAAAGUUUUUCGUGACCUGAAGAAAUUGAACUGGCUCAACAUGCAUAGCAAUCAUUUGACAUCGCUGGAUGGUGACUGGGGAUACGUGAAGGAUGAGCUAACGAACGCCUUUUUCGGAGAUAAUUCAAUCAUCGAGAUACCAAAAAUAUUCAGCACAUUCGAGAGCCUAGCUUGGUUGAAUCUUGAUAAUAACAACAUCGAAGAACUUUUAGAAAACAGUCUGCCACCUAACAUACACACUCUAAGCUUAAACAGCAAUCUUUUAAAAUCUUUUCCAUCCUCUCUAAAAUCCUUGAAACAUCUUACAUGGUUGUAUCUAAGAGGCAACGAUUUCAAAAGCCUCGAGUUGCCCGAUUUUCAAAGUUCGAAUCUGGAACUGAUCGAUGUCAGUGAAAAUUGCAUCGAAUGGAUUACCACGUUAGGCUUGACCAAUCGGACUUUAAAAAUUAAAGACUUCAAUUUGGACAGCAACAAGUUGACAUCAUUGACUGCCGGAGUUUUCGGUCGUCUCGAGACUAAAAGGAUUCAUUUGUCUUCGAAUUCGAUUAAGAACGUUCACGAUAAUGCUUUUCGAGGGCUCGAGGAUAUGUUAGAAUAUCUGAAUCUGGAGAACAAUGAUCUUUCCAGUGUUCCAGCUGCUGUUGGUCGAUUGAGAAAGUUGUCGUACUUGUAUCUUGCCAACAACGAUAUAAGAAACAUAUCCGGCGAUGCAUUUAACGAAUUUGCGGAUAAUUUACGGGCGCUUUCGUUGGCUACAAACAGUUUGGACGCGGUCCCAGUUGCGGCUUUGUCCAGGUGUCAAAGACUACUCCACCUUAAUCUUGGCUAUAACAAAAUCUCCCAUAUUCAGCCGGGUGAUUUCGAAUGGGCAGAGGAUCUUGAAAUUCUCCUGCUUAGGAACAACAUCUUGACAAAAUUGAAAGAUGAAACCUUCAAGGGAGCAAGGAAGCUGAAAGAACUCAGUUUAUCUUUCAACCACUUGACGGAGCUCGACGACGAUUGCUUCAUCGGUAUUGAGGAGAGCCUCGACAUUCUCGAAUUGAGUUUCGCUUUCGCGACCGAUGUGUUCCCUCAACGAGCGCUCAGGCCUCUUUCUAAUCUGCUCUGGCUCGUUUUAGACAACAAUAACUUUCAAACAAUCGAGGCGACCGCGUUCUACUCGUUCCAACGAUUGCGCUACAUCAAUCUAGAAUCAAAUCGACUUCACUAUUUACCCGAACGAAUAUUCCUGUCUAGCGUCCAUCCGGAACUUCGGGAUGUGAAACUCGGCUACAACUUUCUCGAAGCGAUUCCAGACUUCAGUUUUCACAAUUUGACCGAACUGAGAUCGUUGGACCUGACUGGCAAUAGAAUAACGUUCCUUAAUUCCGAUUCUAUCAUGGAUUGCCCGGAAUUGGUGACACUAUCGUUGGCUUACAACCGGAUCACUAAAAUGGAGAAAAACGCGUUUUACGGUUUACCUAGUUUGCGCUUCCUGCAUCUGGAGUUUAACAAGCUAACGAUGCUGGAUUUAGACGCGAUUGCGGAAAUCGGUGGUCCGGAUUUUGCUCUCAACGUUUCGUACAACGCGAUCUCCAUUGUAAAUUCCGGAAGCUCGUCAAAUAAUUUGACUAGGCUGGACUUGAGCUUCAACAAUAUCAGUCAUUUGCCGGCUGAUACGUUCUAUGGAACACCGGAGUUGAAGAGUUUGGAUUUGCAGAGUAAUUUCAUCACUGUUCUCGAGUCAGGCACCUUCACACUGAGACGUUUAGAAACGCUGAAUCUACGUAACAACAAGAUCGAAGGUUUACGAAAACAGUCUUUCCACGGUCUAGAACUUUUGCAACAGUUAGAUCUAAGUGGAAAUCAGGUCACCCAAUUGUCUACCGAGCAAUUCCGCAACCUGAAGAAUCUGCGAAUCCUGAAUCUGUCUGGGAAUAAGAUAAGAUCCUUACCCAGAGACGUUUUCGAAGGAACAAAGUUGGAGAUUCUCGAUCUGAGCAAGAAUAAAUUCACCGUUGUACCGUCACCAUCUUUCAUCGAGGUUGGCUACACUCUGCGGGAUCUUAAUCUGGCGGACAAUUUCGUGGAUCAUCUGGACUCGACUGCCUUUCCAACUUCGCAGCUAGUCUCGUUAAAUUUGGCGCACAACAGGCUAACCAUCCUACCAGAUAACUCGUUUGUCUCACUAGGAAAGCUUUUAAGCCUGAACGUGUCUCAGAAUGUUCUUCAGGCGAAUUUCAAAGAGUUGUUUCACUAUUUGCCUGGACUGAGGCAGCUGUUUUUAGCCAGCUGCGGUCUCAGAGAUAUACCUCUCCUUCCACUGAUCAAUUUAAACAUUUUGGAUCUGUCUUUCAAUCACAUUGGCUCGACGUCUGAUAAGCAAUUCCAGUAUUUGAAGGGUCUGAAGAUCCUGUGGUUGAUGAACGACUCGUUGACGUCUAUGCCUAAUGUGAAAUUAAAUCUGCUGAGGGAACUUGACGUGUCUGGCAAUCCAAUUGCGGAGCUGACGAAGGAGAGUUUCUUUGGCUACCCAAGGCUAGAGAAAUUAAACCUAAGAAACUUAAAUAAGACGAGAUCGGUGGACAAAGACUCUCUUCGCGUUUUGAAGUAUCUGAAACAUCUUCGAAUUCAAACAUGGCCUGAGGCAGACGGUUUCCAUCUUCGACAUCUGUUAACUGGCUUGCCACUGAGGACCGUAGAGAUUCAAGUAACGGAACAUUUGUUGAAACAUCAGAUACAAAACGCUUUCACAAAACAAUUGAGGGAAUUGACUAUUUCCGGAAGUGAUCUCGAGGCCAUCUCCUCGGAGGCGUUCUCCACUAUCGAAGGUGGUGAAUUGGUAUUAAGGAUCAGGGACACACGAGUUCGAAGACUGCAGUCGGACAUGUUUCUCUCUUUGACGAAGAGACUGUCUCAAUUGACUUUGGACUUGAGGAACAAUCAUAUUAACGAGCUCAGUCCUUCGGUCAUCUAUGGGAAUCUCUCGUGGGAGAGCGUUGGGACUAACAUGGUUGCUGGAGGUCUGCAAGUAUCAGGAAAUCCUCUCGAGUGCGACUGCGAGAUCGCUUGGCUCAGUUUAUGGUUGCGAAGAUGGCUUCGAGAAUCUCGUCAGAUCCACACGGCUUCCCAAUCAGACGCGCGACAAUUAAGAACGAUUGCUGGAAGAGCUGUUUGUACCGAGACCACGCCAUCUUAUUCGUCUGAUAAAGUUUUAUUAACUCUAGGGACCCCUCACACUGCCUGUCAGGCCUCUGCUCUUAGCUCUGGCAACUACGAGAGGCUGGCUACCACUUGGCUGGCUAUAGUCGACAUCAUUCUCCUUACGAUAGUCGCGCCUACUGACUCGUUUAUUUUAUAUUGAAACGAAGACGUUAUUAUCAAGUAUCUUUUAUUUUUCAUCUGAACAUGUAGAUACUCGAAAUUGGGAAUUGACUUUACCAAUUGAAUUUGGGAAAAUUCCUUCCGUAGGAAUUAAGCUGCAGCUUUAAGAUGCAGGUUUUCGAGUGAUUCAAAGCUAUUGCUUUCGACGAUAAACAAGGGAGAACCAGUUGAAUUUAUAUUAUAUAUAUGAAGGUAUGUAAAUAUGUUACUUGUAUAUCAUUCGAUUUGAUUCAAUAGCGUCGACGAGACUCUGAUAGUAAUAAUAAAGUAUGCGCACAAAUAAUGUUAAUAGUGGUAAGUUUAAUACUAGCCGUUUGUUCAACGCGUUAUUAUUUACAUUUGGGAAAUAAAGAAUUUUUAUAGUAAGACUUUACGGAUGGACGAAUUGAUUCCUCGAUCUGAUUUCAAUCACGAAAUGAUCACUGAUUCUUUUUUAUUUAUUACUUUUGACGAUUAAUACAUGUUUUGAUUCAAGGUAAAUUUCAUUGUCUUGUUGUUCACGCGAAAUUUGAAGAAAGCAGGGGUGAGCUUAAACCAGAGACAAAAACCGACACGGACAACAAAUUAUGAUCUUUUAUGUAAAGUUACAAAAUGAACUACUAGUUAAUGGUACGUACAAUUUACUUUCGUCCGUCGUUACUCUCACAAGCGAAAUAUUCUUCGGAGAAAAUUUCGUUUCCUCUUAUUUACAAAACGUAUCUGUCGCAGCAACGCGCGUAUUUAUACAAAUGUAAGAAACACAUAGACAAACAGGAAUCGACAGGGGAUUAAGAGAAAUUUAGGAAGAAAUAAAAGUUUCAAAGGGGAGAGGGGAGAAAAAUUGAAAUAAGGGGGAGAAAUAAAAAGAGAUUUCUGGAUAACGGAAUUCCUCGUUGAUUAACGAUCGUCGUAUUAUUUCUUUUUUUCGACGAAUUCUUCCUUUCUCUUUCUUUUUGUUUUUAAUUAUCAUCACGUAACUGUUUUAAUUAAAAAUAUUCUUAAAUAAUUAUUAUCUUUGUCUCUUUCUCUUUUCU